CACCCACCAUCACCAUCACUUGCAUUAGUCCCCCCCUCCUAGAAAUGCUGUCUCCAUCUCAGCUUCAUCAAUCUCACACAUACAUGUGUUAUCUUGUUAUAAUUCUCUCAUUUUGAGUACCUUUGUUUCUUUCUUUUUUAUCAAAUGGAUAUCUCCAAAUGCUCAUCUUCACCUUCAUUGCCUGAGUCAUCUUCCUCUCCUAAAAGAAUUCAGAUAGUGUCUAAGUUUGUUUCUGACCGACUUCUCGACAAAUUUUUUGAUGCAACUGAGUAUGAUUUUGAUUACGAGCAAAGUGGAAUAUGGUCUCCUCCCAUUAGAAGAAGCGCAUUCUUGAGCUCACCGGGAAGGAUAUUCACCGAAGAGGAAAUGCUUGAAAAACUGGGAAAUGUGAUGGAUGCUCGUCGUGCUAGAAGACAUAAUAAAGCAUGUUGUAAUGUAUGGCACUGGUAGUGUGCUGCUUUUGAACUUCGAAAAUGGUUGAAGAGACUCACUCUCACCUAAUCUCCCCGAAGGCUGAGAGAGUGUUGCCUAUCAGUUCAACUACAUAAUUAAUUAGA